CUGUCCUAUAACCACUUCGAGGGUAUGGUACCAGUCAAUGGGGCUUUCAAGAAUGCGAGCGCAAUUUUUAUCACUGGGAAUGAGAAGCUUUGCGGGGGAACAGAUGAGCUGCAUCUCCCCAAAUGCAGCUUGGAAGAGUCCAAGAAGCGAAAUCCGAAAACCUGGAAACUAGUGGUCUCAAUCGUAUCUGCAAUUUUAGGAGUGUCACUGUUGGCACUCCUUGUUUUCUUCUGCUGGUCCAAGAAGAAAGCCAGAAACCCUCCAUCCAGUAGCUCUGGUGAUGCGUCCCUUUUGUCCGUGUCAUAUCAUAAUCUUCUAAAAGCUACCGACGGCCUCUCAGAGACAAGGUUAAUCGGAGUUGGUGCAUUUGGUUCUGUUUAUAAAGGAAUUCUUGAUGAGGGAGAGGACCAAAAGAUUAUUGCAGUGAAAGUGCUUAACUUGUUGAAGAGAGGAGCCAUCAAGAGCUUCUUAGCUGAAUGUGAGGUCCUCAAAAAUAUUCGACACCGUAAUCUCGUCAAGGUACUCACUGCCGUUUCAGGGAUUGAUAGCAGUGGUAAUGAUUUCAAGGCUCUCGUUUACGAGUUCAUGGUGAAUGGUAGUCUUGAGAAUUGGCUACAUCCGACACAUCUCGAAGAAAAUGGGGCGCAUGAGACACGGAGGAACCUAAGUCUGCUGCGAAGGCUGAAUAUUGCAAUUGAUACAGCUUGGUCUUUGGAUUAUCUUCAUCAUCAGUGUGAAUGCCCAAUAGUUCACUGUGAUCUGAAGCCAAGCAACAUUCUUCUCGAUGAGGAAAUGGUCGCACAUGUCAGCGAUUUUGGCCUCGCAAGGUUUAUUCCAAGACCAGUUGAUGAACCCCACACCAAUCAAUCAAGUUCUAUUGGGGUUAGAGGUUCCACAGGUUACGUUGCACCAGAGUAUGGAUUGGGAAGUGAAGUUUCGACAUGGGGUGAUGUCUACAGUUACGGUAUCGUCUUGCUAGAGAUGUUUACCGGGAAGAGUCCGACUAAUGAGAUGUUCAGUGAAAAUUUGAACCUUCACGAGUAUGUGGAGAAAGCUUUGCCUGGUGGAGUUGAAGAUAUUGUGGACCCGAUCCUUCUUAAGGAAGGACAAGCAGUAGAGCAGAGGGUAAGGAACAAUACCCGAGUCAUUGAAUGUUUGGUUUCCCUGCUUCGAGUUGGGGUAGCUUGCUCCGAUGAACAGCCAAAGGCAAGAAUAGAUAUUUGCAACGUGGUGGCUGAGCUGAACUCAAUCAGAAAAAAGCUUGUGGGAAGAAGAGGCCGGGCUUGAUUGAGAGAGAUGUUUCUUUUUAGAUGGAAUUUGAAUGAUCCAGCAUUGGCACUCUUCCUUAGCUGAAUUCGUCUGGAGUGCGUAAGGAUUUCAUGGUUGAGGGUUUCUUAACAGUUUUCUUAAUCCAGGGUCCGAUGUUGGUGGUAUGUAAGAUUAGGCCAAAUUUUCCUGAAUGUAGAGGAAACCAGUUAUGUAGCCCGCGCAUUGCGCGGUCGUUUUUAUUUUUCGUUUUUAGCUAAUACAAUUAUACAAGGAUAUAUUUUCAUGCUUGGGUCGAAA